CUGCUGCACCAACGUGCCCCAGUUAGACCUCUGAGGUCUUCCACUCAGGUCUUUCUGGAGAUUUAAAAAUCCAGGCUUUAAAUCCAGAUGUCACCUACUGAAGCUAUCUGACACAAAAUUGGAGAAGGCCACAAACACAGUAUGGCAUCUCGAUUCCUCAAGUACUCUGUACUUCUUCAGAAGUACCGGACUCCGCUGCUCAUUACAAGCUGCAGUGGAGUCUUUGCAGCCAACAUGUUCUACCACGUUUGCCCUGACUUGUCCUACCGCCAGCUCUAUCAGGCCUGGUACAAAGGAGAGCCAGUGGUGCUGUCGGAAAAGCUGGAGAAGGUGUUUCAUCAGGUCCUGAAGGAUUACGGCAUCAGCUCAUCCAAGAAUUUCUCUGCCUUUGCCUCCUUUGGGUUCCACCCUGUUGGUGCUGGCAUCCCUUGGCUUCCUGCUGGGGCCCAAAUAGGCAUCCCAGCAAACUUCAACAGCACCUCCGGCGACCCGAGUGGCAUUACAAACCGCAACAUUUUCAUUAACGGCAAAACCGUGGACUGGGACAGCAAAGCCGGUUCUGCUCUGAAGGACGCUCUGGUGUUUUCCUCAGAGGCACAGAAGUUUGCAUUAGCACGAGAAGUGGCCCGCUUACAAUCUGGAGGACCUGUUUUGGGUGCUGCUGUCGCCCCGAUCUGCCUGGGUGGGGUCUGGCUGUAUAGCGUGGUGCUGAAACAGGUGUUCAGGCUGCAUGCUGGGCCUGCACUGUUUCGCGGUGUUGCAAACAUUGUGGCGCUGACCAUCGGAGCCAUUUCAUACUUCCUCACGUCAGACGCUGUGAGCCAGUGGAUCGAUUACAGCUCGGACCGGCGUGCGGCUGGAUUGUCCAAGGAAUAUGCCAAAGGAGGGGUCGAGUUUUAUGAUAAGAUCCUGUCCAGAAACAAGAUGCUGCGUGCACUGAUGGGGCAGAAAGGAGAGAAAAUAUACGCACCCAGUGGGAACCUGUUUCCUGCUCACAUCCUUCAGCUGAAACACACACCGUAUACAUCCAGGAGGGAAGGCAUCCUUGCUCUGCUAAAAGAGGAAAAAGCCUGAAACAAAAGCUUGUAUUGGGUAUUAAAACCAAUGUUUUAUGGCCUGGAAAACUUAUCUGCUUGUCUUUAAAUGGGCAGAAAAUGGCUGAGCAUUUUUGUUUAGACUGAAUACUCCUUCCAACGGAAGUAACAGGUUUCCAAAGAAAUAUGUCAUCCUGAAUCUGCUAAAUCUCAGUUUCGUGUUUGAGCUUCUCUUUAGUUUUUAUCAAUUUAAAUUAAAAAGAUCAACUUUU